UUAUAGAGAUGGGAUGAGUUAGUUGGUUCGUCACCACACCGAUCAUCAAACUGAUUAAUAUAAGGUUUAUAAAAGCAGAUUCAGGUAUUGUCUCGUAUGUAGUUUAUGUUAAAGCUGGAGGAUUUUAAGGAUGUGAAUCCAGACAGAUUUAUCAGUUGUGGAGAUCAGAUUGAUCAGAUUCACCUCUGCAGCUCCAUCAUGGAUCAAACACAAACAUCAACACAUGAAGAUUUUUCUCCAGGAUGCAGUAUCAGUUGUGGAGAUCAGAUUGAUCAGAUUCACCUCUGCAGCUCCAUCAUGGAUCAAACACAAACAUCAACACAUGAAGAUUUUUCUCCUGAAUGCAGUUCAGAUCAUCAGAAGAGAUCAGAUCCAGAGUUUAGUUGUGUGUCUAUGAAGAGCGAUCGGUCUAUGGGUCUGCCAUUGAGCUUUAAGAAUGAAUCAACAUCUCCUGCUGUCAGACGAAUAACAGAACCUGACUGUAAGAGGAGGAAGAUUGAGCAAUCUGAGAAUCAACUACAGGACUUCAAUGAAAACAUGAGUCCUCAUUUCAGUCAUGAGUCUGAUCCUGCUGAAGCCCUGAACACAUUCAGAUCAAAUCUGAGGAAGAAGUUUGAGUGUUUGUAUGAGGUAACAUCAAAUAAGAGAAACCCAACACUACUGAAUGAGAUCUACACAGAGCUCUACAUCACAGAGAGUGAAAGUGGAGAGAUCAGUAAUGAACAUGAGGUGAGACAGAUUGAGACACAAUCCAGAAGAACAACAACAGAGGAGACACCAAUCAAAUGUAAUGACAUCUUUAAACCUUUACCUGAACAAGACAAACACAUCAGAAGUGUGCUGACAAAGGGAGUCGCUGGCAUUGGAAAAACAGUCUCUGUACAGAAGUUCAUUCUGGACUGGGCUGAAGAGAAAGAGAAUCAGGACGUCCACCUCAUAUUUCCACUUCCUUUCAGAGAGAUCAAUUUGAUGAAGAACAAAACACUCAGUCUUUUAGAUCUUCUUCAUCUUUUCUUCCCACAAACAAAAGAAAUGGAAAUAUCCAGUGAUAAAUAUAAAGUGUUGUUCAUCUUUGAUGGUUUGGAUGAGUGUCGUCUGUCUCUGGAUUUUCACAGCAGUGUGAGGUUGUGUGAUGUAAGUGAAUCAACUUCAGUGGACGUGAUGCUGACAAACCUCAUCAAGGGGAAUCUGUUUCCCUCUGCUCUCAUCUGGAUCACCUCCAGACCAGCAGCAGCUGAUCUCAUCCCCUCUGAGUGUGUUGAUCGAGUCACAGAGGUACGAGGAUUCACUGAUCCACAGAAGGAGGAAUACUUCAGGAAGAGAAUCAGUGAUGAGAGUCUGUCUGAUCAAAUCAUCUCACACCUGAAGUCAUCCAGGAGUCUCUACAUCAUGUGUCACAUCCCAGUCUUCUGCUGGAUUUCAGUCACUGUUCUAGAGAGAAUGUUGAGUGAAGCAGAGAGAAGAAAGAUCCCCAAGACUCUCACUCAAAUGUACACACACUUCCUGAUCAUUCAGACAAACAUCAAACAUCAGAAGGACUAUGAGAAGAAAGAUGAAGACAUGAUCUUCAAACUGGGGAAACUGGCUUUUGAGCAGCUUGUGAAAGGCAAUCUGAUCUUCUAUGAUGAAGACCUGAGAGAGUGUGGCAUUGAUGUAGCAGAAGCAUCAGUGUACUCAGGAUUGUGUACUCAGAUCUUCAGAGAGGAGUUUGGUUUGUAUCAGGGGAAAGUUUACUGCUUUGUUCAUCUCAGCAUCCAGGAACAUCUAGCAGCUCUUUAUGCUCACAUCUCCUUCACAAACAACAACAGAUAUGUGUUUGAUCAAAGUACUAAACCAGGUUGGUUUUCUAAAAUUUUGGGCAUAUUGAAACAUAUAUUAUCAAAACAGGAUUCAUUAUCUGAGUUACAUCAUCGAGCUGUAGAUGAAUCUUUACAGAGUAAGAAUGGACAUCUGGAUCUUUUCCUGCGUUUUCUUCUGGGUCUUUCACUGGAGUCCAAUCAGAUUCUCUUACAGGAUCUACUGACACAGAUGAGAAGAUGCUCCUACAAGAAAGAGAAAACUGUUAAGUACAUUAAAGAGAAGAUGAAUGAGAAUCUGUCUCCAGAGAAAUCCAUCAAUCUGAUUCACUGUCUGAAUGAACUGGGUGAUGAUUCACUGCUGCAGGAGAUUCAACGUUAUGUGAAAUCUUCAUCAGUAGGAAAGACCAAACUCUCCUCUUCACAGUGGGCAGCUUUAGUUUUUGUGUUGUUGAUGUCUGAGCAGCAUUUGGAUGAACUUAAUCUAAAUGCAUUUAUUGGACCUGAAAAUACAGCAGAUGAAGUUCUUGUGAAACUGCAGCUUGUGAUUAAAGAAACCAAAAAACUACAGUUGAGUUCUUGUAAUAUCACAGCCAAAGGUUGUGUUGCUCUGACUUCAGCUCUGAGAUCAAACCCAUCACACCUGACACAUCUGGAUCUGUUUGAUAAUAAACUCAGAGAUUCAGGAGUGACGCUGAUCUCUGAUGUACUGAAGAAUCCUGACUGUAAACUGGAGAUACUGAAUUUGAGGGGGUGUAAUAUAACAGAUGAAGGUUGUGUUGCUCUGACUUCAGCUCUGAGAUCAAACCCAUCACACCUGAGAGAUCUGGAUCUGACUGAGAAUAAUCUAAGAGAUUCAGGAGUGAAGCUGAUCUCUGAUGUACUGAAGAAUCCUGACUGUAAACUGAAGAAACUGAAGUUGAGGUGGUGUAAUAUCACAGAUGAAGGUUGUGUUGCUCUGACUUCAGCUCUGAGAUCAAACCCAUCACACCUGACACAUCUGGAUCUGUCUGAUAAUAAACUAAGAGAUUCAGGAGUGAAGCUGAUCUCUGAUGUACUGAAGAAUCCUGACUGUAAACUGGAGAUACUGAAGUUGUGUAGUUGUGAUAUCACAGAUGAAGGUUGUGUUGCGCUGACUUCAGCUUUGAGAUCAAACCCAUCACACCUGACACAUUUGGAUCUUUCUUAUAAUAAACUCACAGAUUCAGGAUUGAAGCUGAUCUCUGAUCUAAAAGAUGAUCCACAUUAUAAACUAGAGACAGCACAGUAA